UAAAAUGUGCCUCUUCUUCCAGUACUUUCUGAUAGGAGGAAUUAGGGCAUGAAAACGAAGCGUCACGCUAGCACUACUGGAAUACAUUUAUAGCACGAACUUUAUACAGCGCGUGAGGAUCCGCCAUCUUUAUUAAGGGCUAGCUAACUGCUUGCUUCGUCCAAUCCACAAGCACUGACUCUGCCCACCCUUGUCAUUGGAUUCUACCUUCUUGUGAUCCGCCGCUUGAAGCCGGGCUUGAAUGCAGUCGCUGUGACGUGUCAAGCACAAGCAACGUGCGCGAGCUUCUAGCCCCGCCCUGUCUUCUACCCACAUGUCCGGCAGUCAGCCAACGGGGGAGGAGAUGUGAGUGAGGGCACUAAAUUGGGUACGGGUAGCGGAAUGUCACGAUGCCUUGAGGUACAUAGAGUUGCACCUACGAAAACUGUCGUUCCCUCCUUCUCCAGUCCCCCCCUUCCUCCAAAAGCAGCCUGAGCCCUACAACUUACCUCCUUUAUUGUGAAGGAAGCUGAGACCCCCUGCUCUUGGACAUGGCUACCUAUAGCCCGUGGAGGAUUGCUGCUGGUCUCCUGGGCAACCUACUGUCAUCUAUCUGCAUUGUGUUUCUAAACAAGUGGAUUUAUGUCCAUUAUGGAUUUCCCAACAUGAGCCUGACACUGGUGCACUUUGUGGUAACUUGGCUUGGACUGUACUUGUGCCAAAGACUGGGGAUCUUCUGCCCAAAGAGCCUCUCUGUUUCCAAAGUUGCACUUCUGGCACUUAGCUUCUGCGGCUUUGUCGUAUUCACUAACUUAUCUCUUCAGAACAACACCAUAGGUACUUACCAGCUGGCCAAAGUUAUGACCACACCAGUCAUCAUCCUCAUCCAAACAAUGUGCUAUGGGAAGACUUUCUCUUUAAGGAUCAAGCUCACGUUGAUACCAAUUACAUUGGGAGUGAUUCUAAAUUCUUACUAUGAUGUAAAGUUUAAUGGUCUUGGAAUUCUAUUUGCUGCUCUUGGUGUUUUGGUAACAUCAGUAUAUCAAGUGUGGGUUGGAUCGAAGCAGCAUGAGUUACAAGUGAAUUCAAUGCAACUGCUGUACUACCAGGCCCCUUUGUCAUCUGCCAUGCUGCUAUGCAUCGUUCCCAUAUUUGAACCAGUUAUCGGAGAAGGGGGCAUUUUUGGACAUUGGUCUCCUUCUGCUAUCGCCAUGGUACUCCUCUCUGGUGUCAUUGCUUUCACAGUAAAUUUAUCUAUCUACUGGAUUAUAGGAAACACUUCACCAGUCACAUACAAUAUGUUUGGACAUUUCAAAUUUUGCAUUACUCUUUUGGGAGGAUACCUACUAUUUGAGGACCCCCUUUCUUUGAACCAGGGCCUUGGAAUUCUCUGCACACUGUUUGGGAUUUUAGUUUACACCCACUUCAAAAUCACUGAGCAGGAAGUGACUAAAAGUAAAUUGGCUCAACGGCCGUGAGACUUUUUUUUUUUUUGUCUCAAGACUAUAUUAUUAGAAAAUAUUUUUUAAAGUAUUUUUUUCUAAAGACAGUUUAAUUUGAAUGUCAAUAUAAUUCAUUUGUGUUGAAGGAAGAACUGUAUUGAAUAACUAUAUUCAAAUUCAAAUUGUGUCUAUAUAACUUUAUUUUUACAUACAAUUUUGUAACCCGGCAAAUUAUGCUAUGCCAUCAAAUUCAGUCUUGUUUUCACAAGACCUAAACCUACUGUGGUUUUUGUUUUUUUAAAUAAUGAUAGAAUUUUCCAUGUGACCUUUAUGGUAUGGAAAGACAACAAUUUUAGCGGAUCAUCUCAAAUUAAAGACAAAAGCUUGUUCUUUCCUUCCUCUAAGGAAUCAACUGCCACAUACAAGAGUGCAGUGUCUCUUCUUCCCCUACAGGAAGAUCAUUCCAGUGAAGAUGUUAAAUAUAAAGACUACACAAAUGUGUUGUAUCCUAAUAGUAUACAUGAAUCCAGAUCAAGAUGAUGUAAAAAAAAAACAAAAAAAAAAAACAAGAUAUGUCCUUGAAGUUCAACUUCUUCUCCAA